GAAAUCUUUUUAAUUCAGGAAGCCAAGGGACCGUUUGCCCGUAAUGGUUAAGCAAGUAUGGUUGUGAAUGUGAACGCUAAAAUAGUUAUUAUAGGAUGUGGGAUAGCAGGUAUAGCGGCGGCACAGCGGCUCGUUACCGCUGGGUUUCAUCAUGUGAGGAUACUUGAAGCGACUGCAAGGAGCGGGGGAAGAAUAAAAACCGCUAGACUGGGUGAUAAUAUUGUUGAGGUAGGGGCAAACUGGAUCCAUGGACCGUCUGAGGAGAACCCAGUGUUUUGUCUGGCCCGCAAGUACGGGCUGCUGGAUCCGGAGGCCCUCACCCCAGAGAACCAGGCCAUGGACGUCGAAGGACAUCCACCCUGGGUUCCCAAUGUCUUCAGCAGUUCAGGUCGGAAGCUGAAUGCCAAGGACAUCUAUCCUGCUCAGGAGUUGUUUAUGGAGUUAAUUGAUGAAAGUUCAGAAUUUGAGAGUCAAGGAGGAGAACCCCAUGCCUGUGUGGGAGAUUUCAUACGUUCUGAGGCUCGACAACGAGCAGCAGAGAAGUGGAAAGAUGUUGAUGCAGCCACCAGUUCUCUGCGACUGUGUAUGAUCAGUACCAUGCUGAAGGUGGAGUGCUGUGUUAACGGGACUCACAGCAUGGAUGAGGUGGGUCUGGGUGCCUUUGGCCUAUACAAGACUCUUCCUGGACUGGACUGUACAUUUCCAGGUGGCUAUGAAGGUCUGAUCAAGAACUUGAUGUCGGAGCUCCCCAGUGAUUUGGUGACCUACAAUCAGCCUGUUCACUGUGUCCACUGGAACAACACAGAGAAGAGAGAGAGCCCUGUGAUGAUCGAGUGUGAUGAUGGGGAGAAGGUUGCCGCUGAUCACGUGAUUGUCACAAUACCUCUAGGAUACCUGAAGAAGCACCAUUCAACCCUGUUUCGUCCUCCUCUCCCUCUGCACAAGCUACACUCUGUCCGGAGACUUGGUUUUGGAACAAAUAAUAAAAUAUUUGUGGAGUUUGAUUCACCGUGGUGGGAUGCUGACUGUGAGGUCAUCUACCUGGUGUGGGAAGAUGAGGAUGUCAUGGUGGACCAGGUGCCAGAUGUGCAGAGGUCCUGGAUGAAGAAGUUGUUUGGCUUCACUGUGCUGAAACCCACUGAGAGGUAUGGCCAUGUUCUGUGUGGCUGGAUUGCUGGGCAUGAGUCAGAGUAUAUGGAGACACUGUCUGAACAGGAGGUCACACACACCAUCACACAACUCAUCCACAGAUUUACAGGAAAUCCUACCAUCACCCCGAGGAGAGUCCUGCACUCCCAGUGGUUUCAUGACCCCUGGACAUGUGGAUCGUACUCUCACCCAGGAAUAGGCUGUUCAGCGCAGGACCUGGAGAACAUGAGGGAGCCCCUGCCUACAAAGGGAUCACAGUCACAGCCCCUGCAGGUGCUGUUUGCUGGAGAGGCUACUCAUCCAUACUACUACUCCACCGUCCAUGGAGCUCUUCUCACUGGGUGGAGAGAGGCUGACAGACUCAUCUCUCACUACUCUUCCAUGCGUGCACCUGAGCCGCUCAGAUCAAAGCUUUAAAAGAACUGCACUGCUGUGAUGAAAAGAGAUUUAUCAGAUUUAUAGCCAAAAUUUUUAUCUUAUUCAUACUAUGAUCUCAGAGUUGAUUUGGAGGAUGGUGUGAGAGCUGCUGUUUAUUUAAUGCGGUCAGUGCAAUGUAUAAAGUGCCCCAGCCAGUGACGUGUGAUACUGCUGACCUUAUGCUGUUCAGUGCACAGUUCUUUCUUUUUUUGGGCGGUUGGUGAGAGGGUGGCAAAGGUGGGCUUGGUUGAUGACGAAAGCUGCCCACUUGGCACUCAAAACUUUGCACUCAAAUGUCAAGUUUGGACCUGAAUCAGUCAACAACACUAUUAAAUACCCAUAUAUAUUGCUUUUCAACUGAAAAAAAAUCAAUGCAGUUAUAAGAUUUUCAUUGUCUUGUUAUAAUAGUGAUUGAACUCCAUGCUGUUUUCAACUUUCUGCUUUGCUGAUCUGAUUAUUCUCUGUCCAUUGAUUGUAAUCAACCAUCAGAUUCUAUUGAUAAAUAAGACAUUUCUCAAUAAACUAUUUUUACAGUUC